UCGCCAACCCUCUCCUCAUGCUCAGUACACCCCAAGCUAUCACCGUGGUCGGUAGGUUUCACCCGGACACACAAUACUCGCCACGGACAGCACGCGCGUACAUAACAACACACGCGCUCGACGUCGCACUAAUUCCAAUUACACCGACACCCCGUCAACCACCGCCGUUCGAUCAUCGAUCCGGGCAAUGAAACGAUGAUCCGCGGGAUCGGCAGCACGAAACACCACGAAAACAUGAGAUCCCCGACCAUUGCGUAGGUAGAACGUUUACCGGUUGCUUGACAGACAACGCGAACGAAACAACCCUGAUCGCCCGCCGAGAGGACACGUCGGAUCUCAGAAAUCGUACCGAUGCGAAAAUGCGCAAGGGGGCCCGGUAUCACUGAAAACAGGUGGAGAGUGACGUCGCGGGACCGUGGUCGUGCCUGUGAAGAUUACUACUGCGAAAGGUCAGCCUCGCUACAACCAACCCCGUCAGAAUGAGACGUGAAGCCCAGCUCCCGCCAUUUUGUUUCUUGCUGCCGGUGCUGGUGUCGAUCGCCUCGACCUGCAUCCUGCCUGUCGCUGGCUAUAAGCACUCGAGGCGGCAUCGAGACUUCACUGUGGCCGAAAGCUACGAUGCGUCAUCGUCGAAGAGCGACAACCCCCCGAUGACGAUAUCGCCGGCGAUCGAUCAAUCUCCGCUCCGCGAGGAGUCAUUCCCGCCUGAAAUUGAUCCCUGCGCGAAGAAAUAUUGCGGACCUGGCAGGGAAUGUGAACUUUCGCCGAACGGCACCAUGGCCCUUUGUAUCUGUAUGCGAAAAUGUCCACGGAGGCAUCGACCCGUGUGCGCGAGCAACGGGAAAAUCUAUGCCAAUCACUGCGAACUGCACAAAGCCGCCUGCAACGCUGAAUCGGCCUGGACCAGGAGUAGACUUAUGAGGUGUCUGCACCACGAUAUCGAGAACACGCACGUACGGAGGACCCUGCACGUGAAUCGAACGUCGGCGAAGACAGGUCAGAUGGUCGCUUAUCCGAGGACCAAGAACCGGAAGAAGAGCGGACUGCAAGACAACGCGAUCCCAGAGAAAGAGGACGAGGACUCGAACGAGUGCUCGAACCAAGAAUACGAAAUAAUGAAGGAUAAUUUGCUGCUGUACAACCACGCGAGAUUAAUGGCGCAAGACAACCAUAGCAAGGAGUAUCUUGUCAGUAUAAUGUUUUCUCACUACGAUCGAAACAACAACGGGAACUUGGAGCGCGAGGAACUGGAGCAGAUCGCGGAGAACGAGGACCUCGAGGAACUGUGCCGAGGCUGCAGCCUGGGACACAUGAUCAGCUACGAUGACACGGACGGGGAUGGGAAGCUGGACGUGAACGAAUUUUACAUGGCGUUCAGCAAACUUUACAGCGUUUCGGUGGUGUCGCUCGACAAAUCUCUCGAAGUGAAUCAUAUCUCGGCGAGGGUGGGCGAUAACAUUGAUAUCAAGUGCGAUGUCACCGGCACGCCGCCACCGCCAUUAGUAUGGCGGCGCAACCAGGCCGAUCUGGAAACUUUGAACGAGCCCGAGAUACGAGUUUUCAGCGACGGCAGCCUUUAUCUGACGAAGGUGCAGCUGAUGCACGCCGGGAAUUACACGUGCCACGCGGUUAGAAACCAAGACGUCGUUCAGACACACAUACUGACUAUCCACACUACCCCAGAGGUACAGGUGAAACCGAGCUUUCAGUCGAAACGCUUGAAGGAGGAGGCCACGGUAAAGUGUCACGUGGCCGGGGAACCUCUGCCCCAGGUACAGUGGCUGAAGAACGACGAGCCUUUGAGUUCCAAUCAGUCGGACAAAUACGACAUCGUCGGGAACGGCACUAAACUGAUCAUCAAGAACGUCGAUUACGCUGACACCGGGGCCUACAUGUGCCAAGCGAGCAGCAUUGGUGGCGUCACCAGGGACAUUAGCAGCUUGGUCGUUCAAGAGCAACCGACACCGAUUAUCUCCCAUAUAGUGACUGCUAGCGAGGAGCGCAGAUUCUUCUCUUUCCACGAAUGGGGCAUUUUGGUGUACGAGCCAUCGGCAUGUAGACCGCGCCAUGAAAUUCGGUCUACCGACAUCAUUCCUGGUACUCAGGAACACGUCUGCGGUGUGAAAAGCGUCCCUUGCUCCUGGGGGCGUGCGAUAAAUGUUGCGAACCGGUACAUCUACGUCAGCCAACCGGACAAAGACCGAGUGCUCGUUAUCAGCGAGAUACAAAUGGUCGUGGUUGACGUAAUAACCACCGAUAAGAAUCCUGUUCAGCUCUGGUACGUGCCCUCGCUCGACCAAGUGUGGGUGUUGAACUGGCGGAACGAGAAGGACAUCGGCGUGAAGACGGUGCAAGUGAUCGAAGGCGCCAGCCAGAAGAGAAAACACCAAGCCAUACGGCCGGAACCUAUCGACGCACAGUUUGAUAUCAUCCAAAACAUUUAUAUCCCUGAACCUCAGGAUAUCGAGGAUACGUUCAAGUAUGGUUACGUGAGCCAUACCAAUCAACGAAGCAUGUACAAACUGGACCUGAAGAACAUGAAGUACACGCGCAGCGCAGACUUGAGUUCUUACAAUUGCGUCCCGAAGGAUGUUCAGUUUUCGAUCCUUUAUGGUUUCGUAAUAAUCGAGUGUCAGGAGCCAAUCAGCAAUCGACCAACGGGUCAACUGCUACUGGACUACCUGACUGAUACGGUUCUAGCUUAUAAACCGACCCUCUUAGGGAAACCAACGAUCUCGCCCGAUUCCAGACACCUUGUCACUUUGGACAAACAGAACUCGGGCGUGACGCUCGUUGUGCAAGAAGUAUCACCGAGCGGAUUAAAAUUCGCGUUCGACGUAAAGACAACGUUGAACAUCAGCGACAUCGCGCUCUAUCCAUCGCAGACGACUCACGGCUACGAUAUCUACGCGUCGUCUAUCGAUAAAGAGGACAUUCUUUUCCUAGAUCUCUCUACCGGCAAAGUGGAAAUGAUAACCGGCGUCGGAAGAGCUACACCGCCAAAUUUAACCAAAUGGGGAAACCCGAACAGACCAAUCGUGCAAAGCGGUAUAUUCGGUAAAUAUAUGGUCAGCCCAUCAAACGACGCGCUGUUCAUCCUGAACGGGGAAACAAGAACAAUAAAUUGCGAGAUCGGCGGACUGGUGCAUCCCGGUGCAGUGGUAUGGUUCACAGUGUCUUUGCAUUGAGGAUUCGACGAGUUUCGACAACGAUACAUGGAGCAUCUAGAUAGAUAAAUACUAGCCGAACACUGGAAAAAGCGGUGAUAACAGUCAGGUACAAUCGGUGGAAGCAGUAAGUGUGAUUAUAAAAUGGACCUUUGACAAACGGAUUCUAUUUAGUACUAUCGCGGUACGCAAUACUGAUAGUAAAAAGGUAAUACUGAUAACUGGAAUGCGGGUGUCAUAUGUUUAUAUGAUGUAACAAAUAAUUUGAUGAAAUUCAACAUGACAUUUAUUUGAUUUCAACCUGGUAAAAUUCUUAACGAAGUAAACUUCCGUUUGAUUCUGACUUUCAUAAGUUUGUUUGUAAGAUAAUAUAAAGAUCUAUAUAAAAAUUCGCAGUUUACAGGAAUAGCUUUUACUGUCAGUACAAUUACAAAUUUCAUUUAUAAUUCCGUGAAUACAAUUGGAACGCGUGUACCAUAAUUUGUCGAUUUUAGAACCACACUAUGUGUAUGUUAAUUCUGCCAGAAGUACCACGGUAUCACAGCAUUGUUCGAUCGAUAAGAUAGAAUAAACGUAGCAUUUCCGUUUUGGUUUAGAUUAGAGGACGAAACGGUUGAAAGAAAUUUUAUGAAAUAUAUUCUAACACCAACGCCGUUAUUUGUGGUUACCGUUGAAUCAUCGGAGAAAUGUUUUCGCGAUACGACACGCUCGUUAAUAAUUGCAACGUAUUUUUGACACCGUCGAGCGUUCGGAACACAAUUUUGAUCAUGACGAGGGGACGCGAACAUUUGCCGCGUAACAGUAUCGGUAAGACUUUUUAAUGUACAUACCAAAAAUCGUCUUUUACAUGCAUAUUUAACGUAUUUAAUCGUUACCCUACCGGUGGCCUUAGUUUCCCUCAAUUCUGCAUAUCUCCUCCAUCUUUGUAUCUAUAUACUUCAAACUUCCUUCGGAUGAAUUUUCAAUGGCUAUAAAUGGUACAAUUAGUUUUUCAGGUAGUGAUCUAGAGUAACCGUCGAUAUCAUAUCCGAUACAGACUAUAGUGGUUGAAACGCAAAAA